AAGUGUUGCACCCGGAAACAUAAUGUUAGUUGUAGUUUUCUGCGUUUUCUGCUGAUGGAGCUAGCGGUGUUGUGGCGGAUGGUACUACACAAUGAGUCUGGUCCGCAAACGCAAGUCCAGCUCUCUCAAAGGCGGCCCUGCCAAGUCUAUUAGGACAGGGAAACUACAGUCUACUAGAACAUCAGCAUCCUACAAUGCAUCAUCACCACUCACAACAGAGGCCAGUGCCAUCGUUACCAUUUCAACGGAGGAGAGAGGCCCGGAGAUCCAUGGGACAUCGUCGCCAUGGAGACGGUCUCCCAGGUUCAAGAGUCAUGGCCAGAUUCCCASCUCAGACCUUCUUGUUGAUGAUGGAUCUCCAGGUCAGGUAGAGAAUGAAGAGGAGGCAGGCCAAUGCAGCCCUGCACAGUGCCCCCCUCAGACAGAAGAGGAUUCAGACCUGGUCAUCACUAUGGAUGACAGGCAGGGCGGGGGACACAAGGGCAGCAGGAAGAAAGGAGGGGUAAAGAGGAAGAAGAGAGCUGCGGACYGAGAGGUGGGGGGCGGAGAGCAGGAAGGGGCCAGUCCAGAGGUGGAGAUUGACAGGGAGCUGGACCGUGAACUAGAGAACAAGUCCAGACAACACAACUUGACCACGGCCAACGUCCGCAACAUCAUUCAUGAAGUGAUCACCAAUGAGCAUGUGGUGGCCAUGAUGAAAGCCGCAAUCAAUGAGACGGAGGCCGUGCCUGUCUUUGAACCCAAGAUGACACGUUCCAAGUUCAAGGAAGUGGUAGAAAAAGGAGUGGUAAUUCCCACUUGGAACAUCUCACCCAUUAAAAAGGUCAAUAAAAAGAAGGCCCAACAGUUUGUUGACAUUCAACUAGCGGAGGAAGACUCCUCUGAUGAAGAGUACUGCCCCGACGAAGAGGAAGAGGACGAGACAGCGGAAGAUACAUUUCAGGAGAGUGACAUGGAGAGCACGGCCUCGUCUCCUAGAGGAAUCAGAGGAGGCUUCCACAGGGGAAUACACACACAGUGGGACGACGACAGGAGCGUCAGCCCCAUGCAGGUCCAACGCAGCAGGUCCAGACACCUGACGGUGGAGGUGGUCCCCAUGGGCCCUCCCCCUCCCCCCCAACCUUCCUCCUCCCAUGGCCCCCAGGGUUCUUCUACCACCAGGGCCCCUCCAGACUUCAGCUUCCUGGAGAAGCUCCAUGCCGUGGAAGAGGAGCUGGCCAUCGGUCCAGUCUGCCUGGACCCCUACCAGCCACCCAUGGCGGACGGUCUGAUGGCGUGUCGUACUCGCUCCAAGAGGCCCCUCCGGGACGUCCCCAUGGGCCAGCUGGAGGCAGAGCUCUGCGCCCCCGACAUCACGCCUGACAUGUACGGGUGUGGCUCCGCCCCCGAGGACCUCGAGUGGACCCACUGGCUUCAGGGCAUCAUGACCUCUGACAUGUACAACGAUGAGGAAGGUGACGAUGAUGACGACCCUGAGUAUAACUUCCUGGCGGAGAUCGACGAGCCCGACGUGGAGGAUUACCGUAACGACCGAGCCGUCCGCAUCCCCAAAAAGGAAGUGAACCAGUUGAUGGAGGAGUUGUUUGAGACCUUCCAGGAUGAGCUCACUGCUCAGGAGCAAGAUGAGGAAGGACACGAGGAAGAGGAGGAGAGGGAGGAAGAGGCACCUGCCCCGGGGAAGCCCACCUUCAGUARCCCGCCAGAUAUCCCGUUGGGGGACCCCAUGGCGGAGGUGACAGCAGGGCGCUACCGUACGGUGAAGGAGCAGCUGGCCGCCAUCCGGCAUCACCGGGCCCUGCUGGAGAGCCAGGGCCUGUUGGCCCCCAGGGCCCUCGUCACCAAGCCCCGUGAGCCCCCACCUCCAUUCACCCCACCCUCUCCCACUGCCAAAGACUCCAGCUGCAGCAGCAAGUCCACAGGUCUGUGGUCCUUGUCUUUGUGUUGGGGUUAA